ACAACAACAGUUAGGCCCAUUCAUCCAAAAAUUUGAAGCCCAUCUUCACAAAACCGAACAGAACCCGGUGAAAACAGCCCUAAUUCCCCCUUUCUUCACGUCCGACGAUCGAUGAUGCGUUGCUUCUAAGUUCUAACUCCUCGCCUCAAUCACAUUUACGUCUUCGAUAAUUGCCUCCGGAUCUAAAUGCUGAUUGUAAACACUGUAUAAGCAGCUGAAUUUGUUGACGAGCUGUAAUUGUUUUUAGAACAAGUUUGUUGUAGAUGUACAUGAUUGUGUUGGAUGAUCUACGGUUGAAUUGCGGUAGUUUGAAUGGAAUAUUUGUCGCAUUUUGAAAGUGUUUUCAACUUUCAUAAGGAUGCUUAGGAAACAGCUGGAGCCGUUGGACACGACUGAUGCUUAGGAAUGAACUAAAGUUGCUUUACAGUACUUGAUUAAUAAUUGCCGGUUCGAAUUGGAAAAAUCACAAAUUAAGGAACGGAAAAACUUACUCAUAGACUAGAACAGCACGCUUUAUUAUUACUUAGAAAGUUUGUUACCAAUAUACCGAACUUCCUAUAUUGUCACGUCUUACGUAAAAUGGUGAAGAUUUUAUUUUGACUGCUAAGUAUAUGAUAUGAUGUUUUGUUUAUUCCAAUUUAGAAGUACAUGAAUAAAAUUACUUUCACUUUAUGUUUUUAUUUGAAUUUGGGGAGAAAAUGAGUGAUUUGUAUGUUCCACUUUAUUUAUUUCUACGUGCAUUUCAAUGUUUUCCACCCUUAAAGAACUCGCGAGCGGAGCAGUAGGAAGUAUGUAUGUAAUGAUAUUAUUAAAACCAUAAGAUAUAAGUUGAUCCACAUUUUUGGUUUGAAGCUAGGGGUAUCUUAACUCCUGCUUGCAGUACAUCCUAAGUGUUAAAGUUAUUGUACUUGUGACAAAAUUAGCAAGUCUCGUCCUUUCUCAAAUACAGUGCUUUUCUACUGGUGGUAUGGAAGGGAACAAACGAGCAUUUUUUAAAAAACAGUCUAGUACUCAGUUUAAAAGAAAGGGAGGUCAUCGGAAAGAAGUAUGGAAAAAUACAAGCCACGAACCUUUAAAAGGUUCUACUUCUUCAGAAACAGUGUAUCGAAUACUCUGUCAUUCUAAAAAGAUCGGUAGUGUCAUUGGGAAAGGAGGGAGCAUAGUUAAAACCCUGAGAGAAGAAACCCAGGCAAAGAUUACAGUUGCUGACUCGGUUUCUGGUUCAGACGAGAGGGUUAUAAUAAUAUCUAGUUCCUCUAACAAAAUCCAAAGCAAUCAUAAUGAAGAAAGCAAUGGCGAAGAGAUGCCUACUGAAGUGAUGGAUGAACUUAUGGAGCCUCAUUGUGCUGCCCAAGAUGCUCUUAUGAAAGUUCAUAAUAGGAUUAUCGAAGAAGACAUUGUCGGUGGAUCAGACACUGAGGCUGGUAAUGGUAUUGUGGUUACUGCACGGCUCCUUGUGCCAAAUAAUAUAGUUGGAUGUCUACUGGGCAAGAAAGGAGAUGUCAUUCAAAGAUUAAGAAGCGAAACAAGUGCAAACAUUAGAGUACUUCCUGCCGAUCAUCUUCCUAUCUGUGCUGUGGACACCGAUGAACUGGUGCAGAUAUCAGGCAAUCCAGUCGUGGCAAGGAAAGCUCUCUAUGUAGUGUCCACUUUGUUGCAUCAGAAUCCACGUAAGGAUCAACCUCCUUCAGGUCUCCCUAUGUCACACUCACAUGGAAAUUCUGGUUUUCAUACCUCUCGUCAUCCAACUGGAAAGAUCUCUUCUCAUGGUAAUCCUAUAUGGUCUCAGCGGAAUGCUAGUUUUCAGGGAGACCCGCCAAUACAUUGGACGCGAGCAUAUGAAGGCCAGCAUGCGAGGUUUGGUCCGGGUGGUCUUGAUGAUAUUCCGGGAGGAUAUGCUGAAGAAGUCCCUACUGAUUUCUCCAUGAAAAUUUUGUGCUCAGCUGCCAAAAUUGGAGGAGUGAUUGGCAAAGGAGGCUCCAAUGUUAAACAGGUCCAACAAGAGACAGGAGCUAGCAUUCAUGUUGAGGAUGUAUCAGCAGAGUCGGAUGAACGUGUUAUUCGUGUCUCUUCAACUGAGGCCCCAUGGAAUCCAAGAUCACAAACUAUAGAUGCAAUUCUUCUACUCCAAAGUAGAACAAGUGAAUUAUCUGACAAGGGUACUACUAUAACGAGACUCCUUGUUCCUAGUAAUAAGGUGGGUUGCAUCCUUGGACAAGGUGGCCAUGUGAUCAAUGAGAUGCGAAGAAGAACACAAGCUGACAUCCGUGUUUAUUCAAAGGAGGAUAAGCCAAAGUGUGCAGCUGAAGACGAAGAGCUUGUUCAGAUAUCUGGAAACUUUGGUGUUGCAAAAGAUGCAUUAACAGAGAUUUUGUCAAGGCUUAGAGCGAGAUGUCUGCGAGAUGCAAAAGUUAUAGGUGAACCAGCUCCAAUUAGACCACAUACAGGAUAUGGUCAUCCAGGCAUAGUACACGGUGGCCCCCCACCAGGUUCUGAUUCUAGAGGAUUUGGUAGUCCUGGAACGUACAGUCAUUUUAAGGGUCGUGGGCGGGAAUAUGAGCCGCCAAGUUAUCCAAUUCAACCAAGUGCUACUAGUUACCUAGAUGUUGGCAGAGAUAUGGAGGUUAACAUCCCAAAUGAUGGCUUGGGUUCUAUUAUGCACACUGGAAGAAGCAACACAAGUAGUAUUGCUGGAGCAAGGUUGAAGUACCAAGACCCCAUGUCUACUAGUUCGGAAAGUUUUAUCGAUAGCCGUUCUCAUCAUUUCAACAACGUUGAUACUAUGCAUCACAGUUUCAUCGGCUCUGGUGGUCCGAGUAACAAUCCUCAACAGGGCUCCUACCGGGACUUCAAUGUCCGUGGUCAAAACUACAAUCAUCAACACAGCUCGUACCCGGAUUUUAAUGAUCGUGAUCAAUAUAACACACGUGCUCAGCAUGGAACCUAUCCAGAUUUUGCAGCUCAAGAUCAAUACAAAAAACCUGUGCAUGUUUCCCAUCACGAUUUGAAUUCUCAGCCACCUGCCUACCCAAAUAACAGUGCCCCACACAAUCCAUACAAUAAUGUGACACAACAGCAGGCCUCUUACCAAAACUAUCAAAGUGGCAGCACCCUUCAACCCCCUUACCAUAACAUCAGUGCACCAAACUCUUACCAAUAUUAACAUAAUUAUUGUACCAUAAUUUAUUUUUUGUUCUAGAUAACGAGUUUUAUUCAACAUGUUCGUCUAAUUAUCAGAUGCAUCAGUGUUCUAAGUUUUCUUCUUGUGUUGGGUAAACUUGGAGCUGCAAAACUCUGCAAUCACCCUGCUCUUUGUUAUAUUUUAUCUCCUCCAUAUCUUGAGUUCUUGACCAAAGGAGCUGUUAAGAAAUUCAAGAACUGUUGUAUGUGAUUCUCAGAAGCUGUUACGAUGAUUUUUCCUAAAGCUGGGAAGGUUACUAUUUGCUUGUUA